AUGGAUAUCUCUGGUUUGGUUCCUUCGUACCAUGACCAUGAUCGAACGGUCUCUUCUGCUGAGCUGAAUGGGGCCAUCAUGGCGCCUCAAUACGCACCUGUUCAGACCUACAGUGGAGUGACUACCCACAGCGUAGAGGUAGUUGCCCACCACCAGAUGCAGCACCAGCAGCCGUUCAGCUACGAUGGUCUCCACGGAGCCACUGCCAGCACCAACAUCGUUCCGACUUUCGCGCCUGCAGCCCCCGCGAGCAUGAAUUUCAUGCAGCAGAGGCCACUCGCACGCUUGACGCAAGGAGACACCGGGCAUCAGCCAGCUUCCUAUGUACACGUGCAGCUGGAACCGAGGCAGAGUUACUUCCAACAACAUGCCAGUCGCAAUCCUGCUAUCAAGUCGGAGUCGGUGUGGCCAGUCACCCGCCCUGUUCAGUCUUCCGAAACGGCGAGCACCAGCAGAGUCAUCCCAGAUGAAUCCAAAGAAAUUGCUUUCCACACACCAAUGGACGAGCUUAUGAAAGUUAUCCAGGCCAAGUCGCCAAAUAAGCUACAACAGGAACCUUCCUCGGCUGGGCAGAAAAAACCAGCGGCGGCCAAGAAGCGUUACCGAUGUACCAUCACCGACGAGUGCGACAUGAGCUUCUCUCAAAAGACCCAUCUCGACAUCCACGAGCGAAAGCACACAGGAGAGAGGCCCUACUUCUGCACUUUUGAAGGCUGCGGUCUGACAUUCUCUCAGCUUGGGAAUAAGAAGUCGCACGAACGUCUCCACACCGGAGAACGUCCAUACAAUUGCCCAAAAUGCGACAGAAAUUUCGCCCAGAAGGGCCAGGUGCGAGCUCACAUGAACGUACAUCUGGGAGUGAAGCCCUUCAUCUGUCGGUUUGAAGAGAACGGAAAAGAGUGCGGGAAGCUGUUUACCCAGCGCGGUAACUUGAAGUCCCACUGCAACAACUUUCACAAAGAAACCAUCGCGGAGCUCACCAUCAAGUUCGCCUCCACCGAGCCAGAGCAGAUGACGCGCGCCGAGAAGGAGAUGCGGGAGUACUUCAGCAACCUAUUCAAGAACUCUAACAAGGGCAUCAAGGGCCGCGGCGUAGGCCGCAAGAUCAGCCACGGCUCGCGCGCGCUCCAGGCCCGCAUGCAGGGCCUGAAUAUCGAGUCCUCGUCCUCGUCCUCGUCCUCCUCGUCCCGCAGCCGCAGCCGCAGCCGCAGUAGGUACCGCGCCUCGCCGCCGGGCUCCGCGCGCGCCAACAUGGAUGUGAUGGCCAUACAGGGCGGGGGCGUCGGCCCCGAGCACCAACACCACCUCCACAACCGGUACGAGAUGUUCGAGGGCAGCGACGCCGGCAGCAGCAGCGGUAGCAGCAGCGGUAGCAGCAGUAGCAGCCAGAGCGACCAGUCCUCGAUGCACUCGAGCCCGGGCUCGGACGCGUCGUACGAGUACUCCCACGCUGAUGUGUUCGGCGAGAGCGAGCGCGUGCACAUUCACUUGGCUUUCGGGGACCGGAUGCCCUACUGA